GGCUGAGUUAGCUCAGUUUUUGUGAAAAUUUUAGGUACCUGAACAUUAUUAGCAAGGAUGACUGCGAUGGAGACAGAUGGGAUUCGUCUGAGUGUGAUAAAGCCCAGGUUCCUGCAUUCCAACUCCACCAGCCAUACGUGGCCAUUCAGUGCUGUCGCUGAACUUAUAGAUAAUGCCUUCGAUGUUAGAGCCCAGCAAAUAUGGAUUGACAAAACUGUCAUCAAAAGCCAACUAUGCCUCACAUUUACAGAUAAUGGAAGUGGCAUGAAUAUGGAUGAGUUGUAUAAUAUGCUCAGCUUUGGUUUCAGCGAUAAAGUUGCACUGGACGGCCAUGUUCCCAUCGGACUUUACGGAAAUGGGUUUAAGUCAGGAUCCAUGCGGCUGGGGAAAGAUGCCAUUGUGUUCACCAAAAAUGAGUCUGGCAUGCACGUGGGCAUGUUAUCCCAAACCUACUUGGAGAAAAUCAAUGCGAAGCUCGUCCUGGUUCCGAUCAUUUCGUUCAAUGAGCAAAAGCAGCUUGUACAGAAACCUGGCUGUGAUGCAAAUGUAAAGGCAAUAACCACUUACUCUCUGAUGAACAGUGAGACAGAGCUCUUAGCUGAACUGGAAGCCAUUCCCGGCCGGAAGGGAACGAGGAUCAUUAUCUGGAACCUGAAAAGGGACGACCGUGGGUACCCAGAUUUUAAUUUUGAACAUGAUAAAAAUGACAUCCGUAUUCCUGAAAAGAACAGUGAUCAGAAGAGGGGCAAUAAAAAGCAGGAAACUGUGGACUAUGUUGCCCCUGACAAUGAAUAUUCUUUGAGAGCUUAUUGUAGCAUUCUGUAUCUGAAACCAAGGAUACAGAUUAUUUUGAGAAAACAAAAGGUUAAAACACAGCUGGUCGCUAAAAACCUUGCGUACAUAGAAAAAGAUGUCUACAAGCCCCAGUUUUUGGCACCUAACGCCAUAAAUAUCACAUUUGGAUAUAACUGCCGGAACAAGGAGCAUUAUGGCUUGAUGAUGUACCAUAACAACAGGCUCAUUAAGGCUUACAAAAGAGUUGGCUGCCAAUCAAAGGCUAAUAACAAAGGCGUUGGUGUUGUUGGAGUUGUCGAAUGCAACUUUCUAAAUCCCAUACACAAUAAGCAGGACUUUGCAUAUACAGAGGAGUAUAGGCGCACAAUGGAAACAUUAGGAGUGAAACUAAAUGAUUACUGGAAUACAAUGCAAGAAAGAAAAGGAAAGAAAUCUGACCCUCAAAGCCCGCUGGAAGAACAGAAUAUCCCUGACCAGACAUGGGUUCAGUGUGAUUCUUGUCUUAAAUGGAGGAAAGUGCCGGAUGGAGUGACAAUAUCAGAAGAUGAUGAGUGGUUCUGCAGUAUGAACACAGACCCAUGGUUCAGCAAUUGUUCUGAGCCUGAGGAGCCUGGGGCUAAUGAUGAUGUUGUUACCAGCUGCACAUAUGAUAAGACCCCUAAGAAAAGGAAAUGUGAACAAGUUAAACAGACGGCAGCAGAUAAACCUCCAUCACCCCGCACCCCACGCAAUGGGGAAAUGCAGCCGUCUGUGAGUUCGGGUAAGAGGGAUCUUGAGCCAAAUCAGAGUCAGGAGACCAAUAGCAACAAAAGAGAUAUUUCUGAGCUUGAGGAGCCUGAAAAUAAUGUUGACAGUGACCACUCCACAAAUGAAAAGACCCAUAAGAGAAGGAAAUGUGAACAAGUUAAACAGAUGGCAGCAGAUAAACCUCCAUCACCCCGCACCCCACACAAUGGGGAAAUGCAGCCGUCUGUGAGUUCGGGUCAGAGGGAUCUUGAGCCAAAUCAGAGUCAGGAGACCAAUAGCAACGAAAGAGAUAUUUCUGAGCUUGAGGAGCCUGAAAAUAAUGUUGACAGUGACCACUCCACAAAUGAAAAGACCCAUAAGAAAAGGAGAUCUGAACGAGUUAAACAGAUGGCAGCAGAUAAAGCUCCAUCAGGGAGGGAUUUGGAGCCAGAUUGGAAUCAGGGGACUGAUUUUAACAAAAGAGAUCGUUCUUUUCCUGAUGAUGAUGAAGAUGACGAUGAUGAUGAUGAUGACGACGAUGACAUUUCUUAUGAGAGUACCCGGAAAAGAAGGAAAACUAAAAGAAUUCAGCAGAUUGCACAAGAAAAACCUACAGUUCCACAAAAUGAGGAUAUGCAGCUACAGCUCAGUUCAGAUGAAAGACUUUCUGAGCCAAAUCAGAGUCUGGAAACUGGUAUCAACAAAAGUUUGAGACGUUCUCUAUCUUAUGAGAACACAUCUGCUAAGAAGCAAAAGCUCAAUGGAUCAGGACCAACUGAUCUUCAUCAAAACAGCAAUGAUGAUGAUGAUGAUAUUAUAAUGGAAGAUAUUGGUACCAGUUCAAAUAAUAUUGUCACUGAAAAUGUGAAUAAAUGUGAAGGAGAUGCAAGCAAUGAUUACAGCAGUCAGGGAAACCAACCGAUGCCAGGCUCCAUCCAACGUGAAAUGGAAACCUCACACCAAACCCAUCACCAGGAAAGUUCAAAUGACACAAUGGAGCAGGAAAAUAAGAGGCUGUCGUUGAAGGUGCAAGAAUUAGAAAAGCAGAUCUCGGAUCUGAGGAGCAAGUAUGAAGAGAGCCUUAAAGAAAUCGACAGGCUGAAAGCGCAGUGCAAAGAGCUGCAGGACCUGAAGGCCGAGUCAGGCACAGGGGGACCCAGAAUCCAGCAGAGAACAGCAGCAAAGUGAAUGAUGUUCCACUUAAAGGGCUGAGUAUACAAGUAAGCCUCAAGUUACGAUCUCUGCAGAAAAUCGUGAUGUAUUUGCUGACCACAUUGAUGCCCGACCUGCAACUGUCUACAUGAUUGAGAAAAUGUUAAUAUUACAAAAUUGCAAUUUGUGUAUUUUACCUCAAUGUCUGUAUCAUGUUAUUAGUUUGCUUUAUUUCUUCGUUAAAAUAACGUAACAUGCCAAAAAAGAAAAGAAAAUGAUUAGGAGAAAGUUUAUGUUUUUGUAAAGAUCUAGAAGUAGUAGUUUAUGGGAGAGAUGCUUUAACAGAACUAACAUGAAAGUUGGAAAUACUAUAUGGCCAAUGCAGUGAUAAAUGUGCUGUGGCACGUACCUUUUCUACUGGAUGUGGCUGAAAAGCCCAUCAGAACAUAUGCUUUAGAGUACUGUGAUGUGUUAGUUGACUAGAUUUUUGUCAGACACAUGAAUGUUGAUAACUUUACAAGUACUGAAGCAACACAGUUUGCUAUGUAUAACCUUGCAGAGCAAACACUUCCCUCAGCUCCCAUAUACAACAAAUAUCCUAUCCACAGUAAUGCAGCUAUGUUGAGUAGCAGGGUGAUUAUUAUUAAUUAAAUUACUUUCCAUUCUUUA